UCCAAGUGCUCCGAGCGUUCUGAGUGAUCCGAGCACCCUGAGUGCUCCAAGCGCCCCGAGUGCCCUGAGCAUUCCGAGCGCUCCAAGUGCCCCGAGCGCCCCGAGUUGGUCCAAGCACCCCGAGUGCUCCAAGCGCUCCAAGUGUCCCGAGCGCUCUGAGCAUUCCAAGUGCCCCGAGUACCCCGAGCGGUCCGAGUGCCCCAAGCGCUCCGAGUGGUCCGAGUGCCUCAAGUGCUCUGAGCAGUCCGAGUGCCCCAAGUGCUCCGAGUACCCCGAGCGGUCCGAGUGCCCCAAGCGCUCCGAGUGA